UGAAAUUCACACGAGCCUUUACCCAAUGAGUCCAACGAGUCUCCCUAGGCAAUCCUCGAACAACAGUCCGACAGACUCCUCCUGUGGUUGACAUAACCAUGGCUUCCAAAGACGUUGUCUCAGACAACGAGUCCAUAGACUCCCAACUCGAAUGGGAGCUGGAAGAAGGUAUCCCACAGGUCGACGACCCGUUCAUUCAGCGGUACAUGGCUGGCCGCGACGCCCUGAUCGCGCAAGAAAAGAAGAAACGCCACGACCAUAUGUUCAAACAAACCAUGUCGCCCAUGGCGAAGCAGGCGUCUCAGAUCAUGGCGGCCAUCCGUCGAAGAGAACUCAGGGACGUAUGGACGUCCGAGUUCGAGGAGAGCCUAAUGGACGUCAACGGCGGCAACCUGUACCCUGGAAUGAUGUUCACACUGGCCCGCGACCGGAUCGAGAAGACGGACCUGUGGAAGAUCAUCGAGAAGAUGCCCAAAGGCGCCUUGUUGCACGCACACUUGGACGCGAUGAUCGAUAUCGAUUGGCUGAUUGACCAGGCAUUGGCCGAGACAGGCUUUUGUAUCCUCGCCCCGGAAGGGUUGAGUGACGCCAAAAGGCGGGAGUUUGGGCCCCUCGAGUUUCGGUACUAUGGUGACGAGGAGUUGAAGAAGCUCAAGAGCGAAUGUGGAGGCGCGAUCUGGACGAGUAGCUACAUUGCGCGGACCCCUGUCCCGAUUCGCGAGGCGCAGAGGACGUUUCCAGACGAUGACACUACGUUCAAAAAAUGGUUGGCCAGUCGAUGCACGAUUACGGCAGAGGAGAGUCUGUGUCAUCAUCAUGGGCCGGAUGCGAUCUGGAGGAAGUUUCAGAGUACAUUUCUGGUGAUUGGCCAGAUGUUGUUCUACGAGCCUAUCUUCCGGCGGGCAAUUCAGAGGCUACUAGGACAGUUGGCGGCCGACGGGACUAGCUAUGUGGAUCUAAGAGCGGCGUUUAAAUUUGAGUAUAGGACGGCAGGGCAGACGACGGGGUCUGUCGGGCGAUUUGACGAUUUCUUUGCCGCCCUGCAAGAGGAGAUUGAGAAAUUCAAGGCCAGCCCUCAGGGGAAGAACUUCAAGGGUGCUAGGAUCAUCUGGACGACGGUGCGGAAGAUGGAUAAUCGAGCCAUUGCGGAUGCGAUGAAGGAGUGUAUCAGGAUGAAAAAGAAGUAUCCGCAUCUGGUGUGUGGGUACGAUUUCGUGGCGCAGGAGGACCAGGGGAGGACAUUGAAAGAUCUUACACCCAUGAUUUUCUGGUUCAGGAAGCAGUGUGCGGAAGCGGGCGUGGAUUUGCCGUUCUUCUUUCACGCGGGUGAGUGUCUUGGAGAUGGGGACAGUACGGACAAUAACCUGUUUGAUGCGGUCUUAUUGGGCACGAGAAGAAUUGGGCAUGGGUAUUCGCUGUACAAGCAUCCCUUGCUGAUUGAUAUGGUGAAGGAGAAGAAGAUCUUGGUGGAGAGCUGUCCGAUAUCGAACGAGAUUCUGCGGCUGUCGAGUUCGAUCCUAUCCCAUUCGCUGCCUGCGUUGCUGUCGAGGGGAGUCCCGGUGUCGUUGAACAAUGAUGAUCCUGCGAUCUUGGGACACGGGAAGAACGGGUUGAGUCAUGAUUUUUGGCAGGCGUACAUGGCGUUUGAGAACUUGGGGUUGGAGGGCCUGGGCACAAUGGCAGAGAACUCGCUCAAGUGGUGCGCUAUUGAGGACCAAAAGACGGCUGAGUGGACGAAGAGCAUCACGGACGGCUAUAUGGGAAAAGGCACGAAGGCGAAGUUGCUGAGAGAGUGGAGGAGUGAGUUUGAGAAGUGGUGUCAAUUCAUUGUGAUGGAGUUUCCGCUUGAAGCUGCAGAUGAAGAGGGUGAAGAAGAGGAAGAUUCCGAAGAUGAGGAUGAGGAGGAGGACGAAGACGAAGAAGACGAAGACAAUGAGUGAAGAGAUGGUAUGCGUGCAUCAGCAUAGGAGAUUCAACUUUCCUAAGCUGCGUGUAAGAGCAGUACUCUCUACAUGAGGCGUAGCAGUGGCUCACAUAGCUGGAGCAAGCAUAUUUUUACCUUUGAUUCGACAUCCG